UUGAAUCUGCAUAGGUCCCCCACCGCAGACCCUUUGGCUAGUUUCGCGUUUGCCACUUUCUCUGCCUCCGACUUUGUAGCGAGAUCGGCGCGUCAGGUGCAGUAGGUCGCGGUCUGCCGAAGGUUGCGCUACUCAGGUCGUCGAUCCGUCUCUCAGCGUGCUUAAUUCAAUGUCGUCCCAGCUACGGUGGGAUGGGGCCUUAGAGGCAGCAGCCCCGUUUGCUGACGAGGAGUGCAAGCCGCAAAUUUCGUAUUUCCAAUGGCCCGACUACGUGGUGUUGGCCCUGAUGCUGCUUGUGUCGACGGGCAUCGGCAUCUUCUACGGCAUCAAGGACCGUCGGCAAAAGGCCAGCACCGACGACAUCCUCGUCGGCGGCAGAAAGAUGGCCACUUUUCCCAUGGCCAUGUCUCUUCUCGCCAGUUUUAUGUCUGCAGUGACAUUGUUGGGCAACCCUGCUGAAAUGUACAAUUACGGCACGCAAUUUGUGAUGGUCGGCAUCGCCUACAUCAUCACAACUCCCAUCACGGCCUACGUUUUCAUGCCUGUGUACCACAGACUGGGCCUCACAUCAGCCUAUGAGUACUUGGAAAUGAGGUUCAACAAGUGGGUGCGACUGAUCGGCUGCGUUAUUUUCACGCUCCAUAUGAUCACAUAUAUGCCAAUCGUCGUUUACGCACCGGCCCUGGCCUUAAAUCAGGUCACCGGUCUGAACACCUGGGCCGCGGUCAGCAUCAUCUUUGUCGUCUGCAUUUUCUACACGUCGCUAGGUGGAAUCAAAGCCGUGAUAUGGACAGACACCUUUCAGGUGUUGAUGAUGUUCGCCGGCAUGAUGGCCGUUGUCUUCAAAGGCACUGCAGACGUUGGUGGCUUCGACUUUGUCUGGCAAAAAACAGAGGAGUCUGGCCGAGCUGAAUUUUUUAACAUGAACUUUGACCCGCGCGAGAGACAUUCUUUCUGGGCGAUGACGGUCGGCGGCUCUUUUCUGUGGGUCAGCACUUAUGCGGCCAACCAGGCGCAGAUCCAGCGCUUUUUGACUGUCCGCACUGAAAAACAAGCCGUCAGAGCGAUUUGGAUUAAUUGCUUUGGCCUAGUCGCCCUUCUGCUAGUCUGUUGUUGGGGUGGCCUCGUCAUGUAUGCCUAUUAUUUUGAGUGCGACCCUCUUAUUUCAGGGAAAGUGAAAGCGUCCGACCAACUUUUGCCUCUUUUCGUUAUGGACACGAUGGGCAGUUUGCCCGGAAUGCCUGGCUUAUUCACGGCUGGAAUAUUUAGCGGCGCACUCAGCACCGUUUCAACCGGUCUUUCAGCGCUGGCUGCGAUCACCUUGAAAGAUUUUCUCGUCGGAGCCUUCAAGAUGGAACUCAAAGACUCGCGACAAGCCAGUUUGGCCAAAUGGAUUAGUUUGGUUUACGGAAUCAUCUGUUUUGGAAUCGUUUUUCUUGUUGCCCAAAUCGGCGGAGUUUUGCAAGCAGCCCUAAGUGUUCACGGAAUGGUCGGAGGACCGAUUCUUGGACUUUUCAGUCUCGGCAUUUUGAUACCUUGGGUCAACUGGAAGGGCGCUUUUACCGGCGGAAUUGUGGGUUUGAUUUUCGUCGGAUGGAUGGGCUUCGGCGCCCAAAUCGAAGCAGCAUUGGGCCACGUCAACUUUCCAAAAAAGCCACUUUCCAUCGCCGGCUGUAACUGCACCGUUGGGGAACUCCCGCCACCCUUUCCCCCAGGUUAUCCAGACAUUUUUCCGCUGUACGCGGUAUCCUACAUGUGGUAUACGCCGAUAGGAUGGUUUGUCACCACGCUGAUUGCCAUUGCGGUCAGUUGGGUGACCAAGUUCAACGACCCCAGGGAGAUGGACAAGAGGUUGUUUUCACCCGUACUGAUCGCAAUCAUGGACAAACUGCCCCUCAGCUGGCAAGAAAAAGUCAACUGGCCAAGCAAAUUGGCUAAAAAGGAGGGCCGUGAGAACGAUGGAUUUGAGUUCCAGGCUGAAAGUGAUAAAGUACAAAACUCACAGGACGAGAGGACGCAUAAAUUAUAAAGUUGUGAUAAAAUGAAAUCUUCGUACUUAAAUUUUUAUUGUGAUGAACUUUUCUGCAAAUUAUAUAUAAAAAAAAUAUAAUAAAAAAAAUAAUCAAAACUGAAUAAAAAAAUUUCCUUUCAUAUUAGCACAAAUGGAAUCUAAAUAAAAAGUUAGUUGUUUGCACAACAGAAAAGUGACGAUUAUGAUAUAGAUCUUGCACAUAUGUACAUGACCAAUUAGGCUAUUUCCGUCGCGACAUGAUUUACAUUGGAGCAUAUCCAAUUGAAUUGUUUCACGUCGCAAGCUCAUCUCUAUCGAAAGUGCAAGACUGGGCCAACGAAAAGUUAAGCGGGGCCCAGUGACAACUCUAGUAGCAGCCCAGUCCUCACACAGGCCACAAGCACCGGCGGCCCUUGUAAAUUGAUAAAGAUGGUGAUCCACCACACCCACACGACCUACCAACCCCAGCACUACGUGGUGACGUCCAGGCCUGGCCAGCCGACUUUGGAGGAGCACAUGUACUACGCGUACAGGAACAGCUUGGACAACAGCUCGUUCAUUCAGUACACGAGCCCCCGUCCGGAACACAUCCCGCCCAAGGGCCUCUCCUACCGCAUCUACAAGAGCAAACGCCGUCCCUAUACUUCCCUGUUCGCCCUUCGCUAAUUCUUCCUCUGCGAACGCAAACAGCCCUAAACGAACGAACUGCUUUGAUCAGGUCAAACAGAAGGAAAUGAUAAUAAUGUGAAUCAUAAAAUUAUGUAGUUGGGUUGAAAUUGUGGUGUCUUCAUAGAUCGCAAGUUUGGUAGGAAUAAAAAUGAAAGGUGUAAAUAAAUGGUGAAAUUUUUGCGUGCCCAAUUCAA